AUGGCCACACUCCCUAUGGAUGAAUUUAGUGGAAAUCUCACUGCUUAUGAACUUAGGAGACAAUCCAUGGAAAUGGAUGUGCCUAAUAAGGAAAGGAGUUUGGCACUCAAAAUUACUGAAGGUUCUGACUUGAAAGAUGAUGAAAUGACAAUGAUUACAAAGACUUCAAGAAAGCUGAUUGAUGAGUCUGAAGAUGUGAAUAAUAAAAAGGAACAGUUGUCAAAAGAAUGUAUCAUUUUGAAGGCUAAGUGCAAAAACCUGAAACUUAGGGCUUGUGAAACUGAAAGUGAAAAUAUUGUGUUAAAGAACCAAAGGCAGGAACCAGAUGAUAAAGAAAUUGGGUUGGUAAGAAACUUAAAGAAAGCAAUAGUCCAGCCUGAAGCUGCACUAGAGGAAGGAACAGAGACUCCUCCCACAAAAGGAAGAACUACAAGGAGUCAAAGGAAGCAGAGUGAGGAUGACCUAGAAAGGACCUUAGCUGAGAGUAAAAAGAAAGUUGCUGCUAAAGAGAAGAAGAAAGUGGGUGAAUCAAGUGAAACAAUUGAGAUUGAAGAGAUGGACCUGGUCCUUCAUGAUGAGGAUGAGGCAGAGGAAGUGGAGGUUAUGACUCCAAGUGCUAAGAAAAUAAAGACUUCUAAGAAGGAGUCCCAUGCAAAGUCUAUUGAUACAAAAAGCUCUGCCUUGGCAAAAAGAACCAACUUUGCCAGGAAAUCAAGAAAAAUGCAAAUAGUGGAAGAAGAGAGUGAAGAAGAAGAAAAGACUGGUGAAGAAAAUGACAAGAUGGUUAAGUUUGGAAAAAGAACAAUUCUGAAGGAGAGGCUCCUCAAAGAUUUGGAAGACAAAGGAAUCGUGUUGUUGUUGGAGAAGUUGGAAAUUUAG